AUGACGGGGACAGAUGGCAGGACUUGGGUCCUUUCGUGGACAGAUGUCAACGGGAAGGAGACUGGCAAACGACUUCCGACCCGAAUGUGAUGUAUUCACCUACCUUGCAUGCUUACAAAAAACUUUUUCAGUCUAACUUUCAUGCGCAGCGUACAGUGCACUUGGUACCACAACAUUCCACACACACUCCACACCACGUGUUUUUGUCGGAGGACGCUCUGACGCAGUAUCCAGCCUUACAGGAAGUUCCAGCUUCCCUGUGGGCGACACACAAAUAUGAUGUAGGUUUGAUCAAAGGAUGUGACCCAGUGGUCAUCACGCCGAAAUCUGACUACAGACCAUGCAAACAGCAAUACCCUUUAAAGAGAGAAGCAAUUGAAGGAAUAACACCGGUGUUUAACUCUCUUUUGAAAGCAGGAGUCAUCGUCCCAUGUGACAGCUCUCCAGUGAGGACUCCACUCUUCCCAGUUAAGAAAAUCAGAGACAAAGGACAGCCAACAGAAUGGAGGUUUGUCCAGGAUCUGCAAGCAGUAAAUGCGGCGGUCCAACCACGCGCGCCUACGGUGAAAGUGGCUCUGCCCAAACAGGCGACAGAACCACUGCACAUUAUUCAACCAGGAGACUGGGUGAUCAUUAAGGAGCUUCGCAGGAAGCACUGGAACUCAAAGCGGUGGCAAGGUCCCUUCCAAGUCCUUCUGACGACCAACACGGCUGUGAAGAUCGCAGAAAGAGCGACUUGGAUCCACUCCAGCCACUGCAGGAAGGUCCCGGAUCCGACAGACGACCCUCCAUCUCCAUCUACACCACACGAGAAAUCCACCACUGACGAAAAGAACUGAGAAGGACGACCCUCGCUGUGCUCACACACGCACUGAGGCGAGGCUGCGUUGACCGUUCAGCUAAAGGUGUGAGCCAAGCGCCGCCUGAAGCUGCGCCGGUGAAUCACACUAUCAGACCAUACAUCUACACACACGUUCCUGAGAAAACACACACACGAGCAGCCUUGAGUUGCCGACGCUGGACGACGUGUAGACUCUUCACAUCACGGGAGUGACAGUGACUCAGACGACAUUGGGAGGAAACCUGGCGGUGAUAACGAACCCCAAGUGUCUCUGUGAUCAGCUGAUCACAACCUGAAGAACCCCAACGAACUGUCAAGGUGUCAACAAACAGGUUGGAAACAAUCUAACGCUACUAUUCAACAGGAAGAAGAAGACUUUGAUCGUGACCCUGUUGCUUUGAUCCUUAUUGUAUGUUACUUUAAUAUUUGCUCUAAAUUGUGUGGUUGAUUUACAUGUAUGCCUCUCUGUGAUUUUAUCCACUAUUUUUGAACGAAAACAUUUUACGAUAAACAUAUCUAGAGUUGUUUUCUACUUGAUUCGCACUUUCACAUAAAUUUUUAUCUUCCACUGACGCAAAAUGACAUCUACCAGACGAAGCAAGAUAAAAAUGAUAGUCAUAUCAACCAUUGCGGUGACAUGUGUGACCCUCCUGUAUCUCUGGAGGACUCACACAUUUGUUCAUUAUAGAUCCAAGCGCGAUAUCAAGGACCCUAAAGCCUGGCAGCUUGCUCAAAACUAUGUAAAUCAGAACCCCACAGGAAACUUAUGGUUAGCGUACCUCAAGUACACAUCUAAAACGCUCACAAACAAUUCAUGCGUCGCAUGUGCUGUAGCCAGACCCGAUCUCAUGGCUGUGCCCACUCCCUUUAACAGCAGUGAGUGUUACACCGAGCGACAACUGCAAAAUAAAGACACCGGGUGUAGAUACACUGCGGACCCCAGCACUCCGAGAUGUGAUCCGGCUUGCAAAAUGCGCGCCUUGCACAAUCUAGGCAAGGGUAUGGAGAUGUACAGUCCUGUCACACAUAAGAAAGUCGAGGUGGCCGACAUCAAGAUAAUGGAAAAGGAGCCUGCGGCUCCCUUGUAUUACACGGUGUGUACCACGUGUCAGUUUGAAUGUUUCACCUCCAGUCUCGACGGAGGAGUGGAUGUAGGCCACUUCCCCAAUUGCCACCUGACAUGGGACGUCUCCAACGCGCACGGACUUAACCCUGAAAACCAAGUGAUCCGGUUUGCGGUUCCGACAAACGCGGAUGCCGUCCCUUCGCCCUCGUAUACCUAUAGGAUUAAUAAUGUCUCACACGUUGCCCCAUCCUCCACUGACUUAGUCCAGCAAAGGAAGCCCUUGUCUGACAUGUGGUGGCUCUGUGGGGAUCACCCCAGGGCCACCUUACCAACCAAUUGGACCGGCACCUGUACUCAGGUAAUGUUCCUCACAGGGGGAAUACAUCUUCUACUCUCAGCUCCACAGAAACACUCACGCACCAGGCGCGGGGCUCCAGGCGGUUCCUUGGACCCCGAGCUCUACAUAGAUGCAAUAGGCGUACCACGAGGAGUGCCGGAAGAGUUUAAGGCUCGCAACGAGCAUGCGGCGGGGUGGACGAGUGCUAUUCCCUUUAUGGGCCCCAUAAUAGAGGUUAACAAGAAUUCGGCCUGGAUCAACUAUCUUUAUUACAAUCAACAGCGUUUCAUUAAUAAAACUGCGGGCGGUAUGAGAGGCAUGUCCGGGCAGCUGGCUCCUACGUCUCAGAUGACUUGGCAGAAUAGAAUGGCAGUGGACAUGCUGCUGGCGGAGAAAGGAGGUGUCUGCGUUAUGUUUGGAGAAGCGUGCUGUACUUUUAUCCCUAACAACACUGAUUCUAAUGGCACUGUGACAAAGGCUAUUGAGGGCCUUGAGAGUCUUAGAGACGAAUGGGCUAGAAACUCCGGCGUUGAUCCGUCCCCUUGGGGCUGGCUAGACCAAACUUUUGGAAAAUGGAAAUCAAUUUUCAUGUCGGCAAUAGUCUCGCUUAUCAUCUUCAUGGCCGUGAUCAUGUUGCUUGGUUGUUGUGUUAUUCCUCUGAUUAGGGGUCUCAUCAUGCGUGCGACAUCAGCGGCGCUUUCGUACCAAAUGACACAAUGCACUACAUUCAGGAAUCCGGACACCGACUCACUCAUUGAUUCUGAUGCUGACUCUGUAGAGGAUGAUGUUGACGUUGAUAACGAGGACCUCAAAGAUAACUCCACAAUAGUUUGAAUUACCAUAUAAUCUUCUACCCAUUUUUGCUUAACUGAACAUGUUCUGAUUGAAAUCGCUUAUAGGCUUAUUUCCCUCUCUUUCCAGAAGCUCAUACUCAAGGGUUAUUCUAGUAUAACUACCCGCAAAAACAGCUCACGAUCUUUUAUCCCUACGCCAUUUACAUCUUUAUAAGCAAUACAUUUAAUGAAUCAUUUUUAAUGAAUGCUUUAUUACUACAGGAUGAAUACCACGAUUGACAAUUUUUAUUUUUAAUUUUUGAUUAAUGUGUAAUCAAAAGGGGGGAAUUGUAAUGGAAAAAUUGUACUUUAAUGCUCUUGUGUUCAUUUCUGACUCUGUACAAUAACCAUGCAUUCUGUACUUGUUGAUUAGACCCAGAACUGAACAUUAUUAGACAAACAAUCUAUCUUCCUCUCAAGGUUCUGUCGCACAUUAAGUGCUGACAUCUAAUGUUGUGUUUGACUGACCGAUUGUUUAUGGCUUGUGUCUGCCUUUUACCCCUGGUCUCUGGCUCCUUUCUAUCUGAUGCCCCACCAGACCCAAGGCUGUAGACCUUGUGUAUUCCCUGUGUAAUGUAAACAUCUUCACCCACAGUGUGAUAGGAAGAUUCCACCAGGUCCCGGGAGAGAGGUUAAAAGGCAGAGACAACCUCAGAACGGGGUGAUCUUUGCAUUAUACCUCCGUGGUGUAUGUUCUGAUCUCCCCAGCUGGCUUUUUAUUUGCUUUCCUCAUUAUUGUUAUUUUCUUUAUUAUUUCAAUAAAUCGCACAAAAGGA